UAGUCCACUGGCCACUUGGCUCUGCUAUGCUCCAGACAUCAUGGCGUGACAGCGUAUACUCUUUGAAUACCGUACUCCUAUUACGCCGGUGGACGCCUGCAUGAGGAACAGAGGUGCAUUUUUAAAGGUUGCUUCUUUUUCUUUGGGAUACAGCAAGAUUUACCUGCCACAUCCCACCCGGAGAAAUCGACCGCGUUGUUAUUUUGUAGGGUCGGACAAACCAACUCGUGUAUGAAAAACUAAUUGCUCGCAUGGGUACGUAUAGUAUUAGAAUAAACUGGGGGAAAAACACGGUGUCCGUGUAUGGGUGGGAUUCCUUCAUUGCGCCUCAGACAGUGGAAGUUAAAUCAACAAAUAUAGUGAUGGCAAGCAAACGUUAGUUGAAGAGGCGUAAUAACUGCGUUAUGGAGCUGUAACUAGAAUAAGAAACCCGCUGUUGAUGGAGACUUUCCUUAAAGACUGAAUCUGACGCCAAGCUUCAACCGCCAGAGGCAUUUUUCCCCCCUUUUCCAGGAGCGCAAACUACCGCUUAUAGAAGGAGCCUCGGACUGCAGCUCUCCAUCCCGACACCAUCACUGCAAUUCACAAGAGGCGUGAGAUUUGUGGGAAAUUGAACUCACCGUAUUCAUGCGUUAUAAACCCGCACGCGGGAGACUUGAUAGGACCACGUACACACGCUUGAAACCCAUUUGAAGAAGACUCGGACGCAUCCCUCGGACUCUCCCGAGCUUUGGGAUUUUGGGAAUUUCAGCUUUACGUUUUCUGGCUUUAAGCCUCACUCGGAUUGUUGUGGGAUUUAAGGUGGGGUUUUUAUCCCGACGCAGGUAACUGAAGAUACCCCACCGCCUCUUGUUUAUGACACUUCAGCGGCAGAUUACCGCUCAUCACGUCCUCUGGAUUUUGCUGCACAACGGUGCUUAAAAAAGGUUCUUUCCCGUCAAUUUGGAAUAAACAAACUCUCAACAUCUGCAUUCUGGGGCGAAUAUAUCAAGUGGGACAAGUGUGUGACCAGCGAAAUUAUGUGCAGUGGAAUCGACCCUUUGGCGUCUGCUCUAUUAGUUACACUUUUGAAAGAGGGGAUGCAGAAAAACAACACACACAAUCAAAUGUGAAAGAUGUAACAGCCAUCUGUAGAACAGAUGUCCUAACUGUAUCCAGCUUUACUUUUUGUGGAGGACUUAACAUAUGAAAGAAGCUAGUCCUUUGAAGUGAUCUCAGUGAGCAGCAUCCUAAACUGCAUACUAUUUGGUUGGUGUUUUCCUGUGUCGCUAGUGGGAGUUGCCUUCCUCCACCCUGAGUCUCUGAGCGCCACCUGAUCAGGAUGCUGAUGUGGAACCUGUAAUGGAGACCAGGGCUUGAUAGUUGGACCUGGAAACUAAUCAACAAUGGACCGAUUGGUUCUGUGCGUGCUGCUGUGUGCAGCUCUGGUAAAGGGAUACAGCUGUCCUGGUCGCUGCAUCUGUCAGCACCUCUCCCCCACUCUGACUCUUCUCUGUGCUAAGACUGGCUUGUUGUUCGUACCACCCACAAUCGACCGCAAGACUGUUGAGCUGCGACUCACAGAUAAUUUCAUCACUAUCAUCCGCAGGAAAGACUUUUUCAACAUGACUAGUUUGGUCCACCUCACCUUGUCCCGUAACACCAUCAGUCAGAUCGUCCCCCAUGCCUUUCUGGGCCUGCGUUCCCUGCGGGCACUCCACAUGGAUGGGAACCGUCUCAGUGUUAUAAAAAGUGAACACUUUAAAGGCCUCAUCAACCUCCGGCACCUCAUCCUUGGAAACAACCAAAUCCACCAGGUGGCUCCCACCUCCUUUGAUGAGUUUGUUUCCACCAUUGAGGACUUGGAUCUUUCCAAUAACAACUUGCGCAGCCUUCCUUGGGAAGCUAUAGCCAGAAUGACCAACAUUAACACUCUCACCCUGGACCACAACCUGAUUGACCACAUUGAAGCAGGAACUUUUACAAUGCUCACCAAGCUGGUCCGCCUGGACAUGACCUCUAACAGGCUGCAGAAACUGCCCCCGGACAGCCUGUUCCAGCAUGCACAGGUCCUGUCUGAUGCCAAGGGCUCCAGCUCGUCCACUUUGGCUGUCAGUUUUGGUGGAAACCCUCUUCACUGUAACUGUGAGCUGCUGUGGCUGCGCAGGCUGACUAGAGAGGAUGAUUUGGAGACCUGUGCUUCACCAGAACACCUCAUGGACAAAUACUUCUGGUCAAUCCAAGAGGAGGAGUUUACCUGUGACCCCCCACUAAUCACAAAACAUGUUGCCACAAAGCCCUAUGUGAUGGAAGGGCAAGGUGUGACUCUUAAAUGCAAAGCUGUGGGUGAUCCAGAUCCAGAUAUUCACUGGCGGUCGCCGGAUGGCAAGCUGGUGCAUAAUAACUCCCGCACGGUCCUGUAUGCUAAUGGGACCCUUGAUAUUCUCAUCACCACGCUGAAAGACAGUGGGGCUUUUAACUGUGUGGCGUCCAAUGCAGCGGGCAUUGCCACAGCUGCUGUUGAGAUCAACAUGAUCCCCUUACCCUUGUUUGUUAACAACACGGGUCACAUGCGUGAGGACCCCGGACUCUCGGACAUCACCACUUCCUCCAAAUCUGGCAAUGAUACCAAAGGCUACGACAAGCAGGACAGGAGGGUCAUGGUCACAGAGCUCACCUCUUCCUCUGCUGUGAUCCGCUGGCCGUCUGAGCGCCAUAUCCCUGGCAUCAGGAUGUACCAGAUUCAGUACAACAGCACGGCAGAUGACACUUUGGUGUACAGAAUGAUCCCAUCUGCCAGUAAAAGCUUCUUAAUCAAUGAUCUGGCUGCAGGACGGGAGUACGACCUUUGUGUGCUGGCGGUAUACGAUGAUGGCAUCACAUCAUUAACGGCCACACGUGUGGUCGGCUGUGUGCAGUUCCACACAGCCAGCGAGGUCAGCCAGUGCCGGUUCAUGCACAGCCAGUUCCUGGGAGGCACUAUGAUCAUUAUUAUUGGUGGCAUUAUUGUUGCUUCAGUGCUAGUGUUCAUAAUCAUUCUGAUGAUCCGUUAUAAGGCCUACAGUAGCCCGGUUGACAACAAGGCCAAGGUUGGCUCCAGCAUGCAUUCGCAGACCAACGGCAGCCAGCAGCGGCUCCAGCGUUCCACUUCCAAGCAGCCAUCUGACGAGGGCCAGUGUGAAACUCAGGCACCCAAAGAGUGCAUGGCUCUGGUCCUGAGGGUGGAUGACAAGAAGAAGGAUGAUCCAGCAGCCACCACUGCCAUCCUGGAGGUGGAGCUGCCUCCAAGUAUAGACAAGAUGAAGAGAAGAGGCAGCAUGGAUGCGCAGCCCUCUGGCCCACCAUCUGAGGACACUCAGACAGACAGUAGCCUGACGGGAUCCACCAUGUCCCUAUGUCUCAUAGGCCCCAAUGCUGGUACCAAGGAGGCUCCCAGGCUUAAGGACAAGAAAAGUGCUCUGGCCACCGUGGGGUUGCUUCCCAAUGAGCUGGCACGAACUAGGCACAGAUUCUCUUUUGAUGGUGGGGAUUACUCCAUAUUUCAGAGUCAUAGUUACCCACGCAGAGCGAGGACGAGGUGGCACAAGUCCACCAACCAGCUCAAUGUGGAAUCAUCCCCGCUCGCCAACAGGAGAGUUACAUUCAGCAGCACUGAGUGGAUGCUUGAGAGCACAGUGUGAUUAAGGAAGCAGUGUAGCCAAAAAAAAGGCUCAGCCACUCACAAACAUACACAUGUAAAAAACACAUUUACAUACCAUGUAACAGCAAAUGAUAAAAACAAGCACAUUAACUUACAUAUGCUAACUUUGUGUGAGUUGCUUGGAAAAAAAAAACACCAUCUCCCUUCAUCCUGCCUCCCCAUCAUACUUCCAGAGAGGUUUGUUGGCCAUGUCCUUUCUUUAUGCAGCAGUGCCUUAUUCUUAAAAAACGUACGAAUGGAGGAUGCUGCUCACUGUAGUCAUAAACAUUCUUCUCUGGCAUUGCCUCCUGCUCUGACAACGGGAAGCGUUACUUUAGAUUUUUAAUUUUCACUGUUUUAUGUGACACGCCAGGGGAGAGUGGAAUGGCGUUUGGAUGUGACUGUUUAAUUGUUUAAAAAAUAAAUAAAUAAAUACUUCAUCAAGCAGUAACUGUAAAGUGAAAAGCCAGGUAUCCUGUAAUGUCAAUCAUGUUUUGGGUUUUUUCCAAGAAAAAAAAAAAAAGGAAAAAAAAGAACUUUUGCACAGAAGACACGAGAUACAAGGACAAGUAUCACCACCAGUCUAUACAAUAAGAAAAACUGAAAAAGAACUAAGUUUUCAAAAGCCGAUUUCUAAUGUCAACGUAGGUAGGACGGAUGUGGAAACCUGCCAUGGAUUCCUCUUGGUUGGACUGUAUGAUGUUAAAUAGGUAUUGUUCCAGAUGUGACUGUAUAUAAAUCGGUAAUGUAUCUGGCUGGUCUAGAUAAAAGGCAACAAACAAAAAAGGCAUAUAUAAGUAUAUUAAAACAUUGGUGUAUGUGUACUAACUAUGUAAGUAAGUAAGUCAUAUGUCACAUGACUUUUUACGGAGCAUUUGGGUGUUGGCUGCAAGUUUUUACAUUAAAAACCUGUGUCAUCACACCCCUUCCUAUUUAGUAUGUCAAAGUUUGGACCAUUUAUCCCCUCAUGAAGGGUAUUAAAUUUUUUGUGUGGGU